AUGCCGAACACAGGGGGCCCUAGGCAGCAAAGAAGGUUACUGCUCACGAACGUGGUCAGGUCCAUCAGCCUUUAUGCACCCCCGAUCUGGCUUAAGGGAGCGGAGAGCGGCACCUUCAUGAGGCAGAUGAACUCGGUGCACAGGAUCUGCGCGCUCAGAAUAUGCUGCGCAUUCCGGACGGUAUCGGGAGAAGCUGCAAUGGUCCUUGCGGGAACAGCGCCAUUCGACCUACAGGCAGCAGUGAUAGAUCUAGCAUCAUCCAGGAGUGGCAGUCAAGGAUACCUGCACCGUUUCGGCCACGCAUCAGACCCUUACUGCUCCCACUGCGAGACGCAGGUGAUGGAAGAUGCAGAGCACGUCUUUAUGCACGGCGGACGCUUCGCGGGUGCUAGAGAGGAGUUAGAAGUUCGCCUUGAGGGGCGUGUCGAGACGGAGUCCGUAGUCGAGCAUAUGAUAAGCUCGAAGGAGAAAUGGGUGGCGGUGAACACUGUAACGAACACGUCUUGGGCGUCGUCUUAUAAUAAGACGACCCGUUGA